GCCUCUAGCAGUACUAGCAGACUCCUUCUGCCAGCAACAAGUUCAAAUACAUGGACAAUACAUAGGAUUAGAAGUUUGAUCGUAGAGCUAAGUAGAUAAAGUUUCUUUCUUCAUGUAGCUAUAGACCAUUGAUAUAAGUAGAAAAAAUUGUACUAGAAGAUGAAGAAGUAGAAGAAGUUGCACUACCAGAAUAGGCACAGUUGUAAGUAUAUUUUUUCAUUAUUUCUGUUCAUUCUCGUCGUUUAAUUCUUUCAGGUCUGAAAAAUGACGCAGCGUAUCUACGUUGAUAUAUCGUCCAAAAGGGUGCAGGACUUUCUGACUGGAACGCCGCAUAUCGGAAAGUCAGAGCUAGACCUCGAUAUUCUUUAUCAAGUGAUAAACGAGUAUCAGUGUAGAAGUGCAACGAACAAGGGCGGCAUCCAGGGAGAUGAGGACGCACACGAACAAGAAGAUGCAUCAGUCCGAUUAUCAAAGCAGACGAAUGGCUUUAAGGCUACCGCCGAUGCCUCUUUCAGAGAUCCGAUGUCCGCCCUUGCCGCGCGAAAGAAUAAAGAUGGUAGUUAAUUCGGGCACGACUUCUGAGGAGGCACCCUCGGUGGAGCAAGAUCUUCUAAGAAUUUCGGCGACGAUAAGCAAAGGAGCAAAAAAAGCGACUUGCUCCAGGGAAUUAUGCAAGACUGCCAGAUCGUGCGGCGCGAGCGUGAUGCGGAUGAUCCAAGUUCGAACCUUACUGAAAUUGAGUGCAUGCGUCUCCGCCAAGAGGAACGCGCUUAUCAGCGCUCUGUUGCGAAUGUAACAGUGCAGGGUCAUCAAACGGCAAGAAGAGAUAUCAGGGCAGCUUCGGAAGGAAUCGCGACUGCUGGCCACUUUGUCCUCAGCUUCGUCGGCGCGUUUCUCUGCGGGUACUACUAUUGAACACUAUCUUUUGACUUUGAUGCAGCUGCACUUGAUGCACCAAUUUAUUCUCUAUAAAAUAUAUGUUUUAGGGUUGCACGGUGCCCCCCCCUGUGGUACGGUCUGUGGUGGCGCUCGCGCGCUCUUUUGCGCGCUGAUUUUCGCGCAUUCUAGUGCUGGAAGGCGUCAAAACUGGGCGCGGGCGUCACCUUGCGCCUCUCUGCCGGUUCCUCAGGGACCUCCUGGCCUCGGCUGACCCUCGCAGGCUGGAGGUCUCCAGGGUAAAACGCCGCCGGUGGCGGCCACGGUUCCAAGAGCAAGCAAGCCGAUGCCCAAGGGUCCGGAGGGCACAGGCCGCACGGCUCAGGGUGUCCAGCCCCUCGCCUUUUGCCGCCUUCGGAGGCCUUCCACCGUAAGGGCCAGCGAACGCCCCCCGCGGUCCUACAUAAGACGUCACGCCUUCCCCCUCUGGUAUACUACUGAGAGCCUGCCCCAUCUUGGUUCGAGCGUCACGCGAAAAGCGUGACGCUUUUGUUGCAUGUACCCUACCGACUUACUAGAGACAAGGCGUCACGCUUUUCGCGUGACGCUCAAGAAAGGGCCUGCAGAUGAAGGCCCCACCUUCAGAUCAUGAGGAUCUUCGGACCCUCAGCUGAAGUCCUUCCGAUCAUGAGGGAGGACCCUCAAGGGAGAGCCCUCACUCUGAGAGGGCUCGCCGAUGAAGUCCUUCCGAUCAUGAGGACCUUCAAGGGAGAGCCCUCAAUCUGAAUGGAGGACACUCAGCCGAAGUCCUUCCGAUCAUGAGGGCCCUCAGUUCAAGGGAGAGCCCUCAAUCUGAAUAGAGGGCACUCAGCUGAAGUCCUUCCGAUCGUGAGGACCUUCAAGGGAGAGCCCUCAAUCUGAAUAGAGGGCACUCAGUUGAAGUCCUUCUGAUCAUGAGGACCGUCAAGGGAGAGCCCUCAAUCUGAAUAGAGGGCACUCAGCNGAGCCCUCAAUCUGAAUAGAGGGCACUCAGUUGAAGUCCUUCUGAUCAUGAGGACCGUCAAGGGAGAGCCCUCAAUCUGAAUAGAGGGCACUCAGCUGAAGUCCUUCCGAUCAUGAAGACCUUCAAGGGAGAGCCCCCUACGCGUAGCUUUUUCCGGCUCUCUCUCUCACUCUCUGUCUCUCUGUCAAUGCGCCCGACUGUUCCUCACCGCCUUCCCUCUCUCUCCCUCUCAUCACCCUCUCUGCCCCGUCUCUCUCUCCCUCGGUCUCUCAGUCGGCGCGCCUCGUCUCUCGCUCUCUCUCUUUCUAACACCGAAGCAAGCUAAGAGAGACAUUACCGACAGCAGAGCGGCUCUCUGCCUGUCUUUAUGGUUCUGCGCGUCUUUUUGCAUUCUGCGUGUCUUUUUGCGUGCUAGCAUACUGCCAAAGCUGUCCCCGCACGCGUGACAUCUGUGGCCCUUAUCUUAUGACGCGCCUGACUUCGGUCAGCGUCACGCUCACACACUGGCAAAGAGGCGCACGGCCUGCAUUGGAUUCCCAUGCGUCACACUAGAGAACGCACGCGGAAAGACAUCCGACCCCGAUGAGAUUCCCACGCGUCACGCUAGAGCGCACAUCGUCAAAAGGCACCCAAUCCCCCCGAGAUUCCUAUGCGUCACGCUAGAGCACGCAUGGCGAAUAAACACCCAAUCCCCCCGAGGUUCAUAUGCGUCACGCUAGAGGCGUGACGCGUGACGAUCCGCGGGGGGCGUUCGCUGACUCUUACCCCCUUCCACCUCCGGCGCAUGCAGGGCACAGGCAGGCAGCUGGAAGGGAGCGGAGGCGGUCCCUUGGGCCCCUUUUGAGGCCUUCCACCUUCCUCGGAGGUCGGUAGGGUACAGCCAGGCUGCUGGAAGAGAGCGGAGAGGGCCCCUUGGGCCCCUUUUCAGGCUUUCCACCCCCGGCAGACGGCUCCCGCAAGGAUCCGGGGCUACCGGUACCCCCCCCUGCGCUAGGAGGGGGCACCGUAGCCCUGCGCCCUGGCUCAUAUAUAGUAGAGCAGUUUAUAAGGGUUCCAGGUCUGGAAUGGCAUGGAUCGAAUGGUACGGAUGGCGGGGGCGCAAUCCGUGACCGCGAUCGACCUCGCCACUCGUCCCGUUCGUGGACCAAAUAGACCUUCGAGAGCAGGGCGCCCUUCGGGCGCCCUGCGUUCCGACGCGUUGCUCUCCCCACUGGGUUGCCACUUCCUGCUCGAUGCUCUACGCCGACCGCCAAGAACCCCGCGGGCGCGGGGCGCCCUUCGGGCGCCAAGCCGUGCACUCAGCCAAACGCACAUCCCGCACACAGUUCCACUAGGUGCCAAGGCUGUCCCCCCGCUACGGGCGGGGCGCCAUGCUUCGGCGCCACCUCUUCCCUUCUUCGUCGUCACGAUAUGGCUUCUCUCAUGGGCGGAAUCACUUGCAUACGACCGACAUGGACAUACUCGGUAAGCGAAUGAGACCAGGGGCGCCAGCUGGCGGAACCCUGUCAACCUGUGCCAUUCGUGCCAUUCGUGACACAUUUGGGGUUUGUUGGGGUGUGCCAUUCAUGCCAUUCGUCCCAUGCGCCAUUCGUGCUAUAAACUGUCCUAAUAUCGGCGUUGUUCUCGUGCUUCUGGCCUGUGAUCUAGUGCCCUUUUUCUCACUCAUGAUCAAUGUAUGAUCUCUUUCAUAUUCAUCGAGCUUCCUCACUCAGGUUCUACAUCUGUGAGCUUUUUAUCGUUGACGAGAUAGCGUUGAAGGCUACUGUGGGUGGCAUUUGCUCCUUCGCAACACUUUUACUUGAGGCAGCGUUGCUCUUGGUUCGCGAGCAGAGGCAGGAAAAGAGGCGAAAAACGGAGGAAAGACGCCGGGCUUGCGAGGCAAUUCCAGUCAAGAGUAAGAAACAGGAGCAAAAGCCAAGAAUAAAACCUGCUGACGAGCAAGCGGGUCACGGAAUCGCAGAGGCUGAAGAAUCUUCAACUUCAACAAUGAUGUCAGAAGCGCAAGACGAGCAAAAAGAAAAUGAGGCUUCGGUGAUGAAUGCCAGGCGGCGCAUACAAAAAGGAGUUCACAUCGGUGGUCGUACCGAGGAUGAAGAAGAAGGGGUUGCAUCAUGAGGUUGACCGCGGAGACACCGCAGGCAUUGCGGACGGCCUACCAUUGAGGGGCAACAAGAAGGCCGAAGCAUGGUGCCGAAAAAGCGUGAAUUUUGUUUUUCUCGCUUGUUUGGCUCUGGGGAUGAUGAUGAUAAUGAUAUAUAACGGACAAGAUGAAUCAUGAUAGAAACGAUUUCGUUCUGCUAGUCGUGCUAUCCGACGACCUUCUUCUUAAUUUUUCAAAAACGUCACGCGCCAUCCUCGCGAUCCGCAAUCGAUAGAAGAGGUCCCUGAAACUCUCCGCAACAACCUUCAGAGAAGAGCAGUUCAUCC